GUAAUUGUUUGAGACCUUACAUGUGGCUUCCCACGUCAUUGGGUGAAUGUUCACAUUUCCCACCUCAGUAUUUGAACUUUGACAUUUUGCCUCAAGCAAAGUGAUUUGAGACAGGUGAACCGGUCAGACAGCAUUUGGAGUUGCAACUCUGACAGAACAGCAGUGACUGUAAGCCUGACAGUGUUGCCAAUUUUGUCUCACAGUAUGGCUGCAUCUAUCUCAGACCAGGAGUGGGGGAGGGCAUCCCUGAAAAUCUGUGAUGCCUUGGCAGAACGGGAACAAGAACAGGCACCAGGGUCUGUUAUUGGUGCAUACUACCAGGCCAACAAAGUUAAGGCCAUACUGGCCAUAGGCAGAGCUGUUGAGGGCAACCCUGCUGUACAGGUGGGAGAGUGGGAAGAAGACUCCCCCCUGGUUCAGGUUAUCUUCAAGUCCCAGCUGGGAUACCAAUACUUCGCCUCCAUCCUGAAGGGGCACUUCCUUCAAGCCGGCCUACAAGCAGAACUAAAGGAGAUCGGCUAUGAGGAACCUAUCAUUGUAAGUGUGGAAAAGUGGGAGCUACCAAACCUUCCUGAGGGGGAGGUGGAUUCCUGGGAACUGGUGUCCAUGGGAACACGAGGAAUAAUGUUAGACAAAGUGAUGCCCUGGCUGGAUAACUUUCCUGACAUAAGUGAUGAGGAGGAUGCAGAGGAGGAGGAGGAGGAGGAAGGGGCUGGACCAUCCCAGGCUAAACGUGCCAGACGUCAGCAGCAGCCUCCAGCAGAGAUUACUACACAGCAGGCUGAGCUACAGGAGGGCCCACUGAAGAGGCAGAGAGCCAGGCUACUGCAGCACAAGGACUCACCAACUGCACAGACACGGCUCAAGGCCUACAGCUGUCUGGAGAAGGGGGCGACCAUGGUAACCAGUGGGAACCUGGAGGGGGAGGGGGUGGAGCACCUGCUGGAGGGGAUCAUACUGAAGGAGGCUUUGAGACCUGAUCAUGUUAAUAAAAUCCUGUAUGACCAGUCCCGGCUCAAUCUGAACAAAACACAGUUGGACACACUCAUCUCCAAACAGCUCCAGACUAACCUUGUCAGCACCCCCUGUCUGCUGAUACAGGCACUGCAGCUUCCUGAUGGACACAGCCGACAGCAGGCCAUAAACCAUGUGAUCGACAUAGUUCUACAGCAUGGAGAAACAGACCCCAUGUACAAACAUCUGGCUUACAUGUACUAUGCUUUAGGGUAUACAAUACUGGUGACCACCAGACAACCAGCCCCAGCACUGUCUGCCUAUGCCAGUGCCCUUAUGCACACAUCUGACCACCUGCCAACACUGUUCUUCACAGCAGUGUGUUCCAUGAACGUGUCUGUCCCACAGGCCAUCAGGCAGUUUCACCACUACAUCCACACAGCGCCGACAGACCAUAGCUGGGUGCGCGCGGCUCAUUACCUCCUGGUUACCCUGUACGGCCAGCAGGACCCAUCUGUCCACAGGGACAGAAUCCUGCACCACUACAACAUGGCCCAGCAGACUGACAGGAACAGGCUGCCUAUGUUUCCACCAGUCCCCAGUGGGAUAACAGACCCAGCCAGGAAGGUGUAUGAACUAGUCAUGGUGUAGCCUGACAUGUGAUAUGUCAGUGGCAUUACAAAAUUAAGUUCAAGAUGAGUAAUUUGCUUAAAAUGAGUUAAGCUGAAUGCUCUAUAAACUGUGCAGAUGAUUGAUUGAUUGACUGAUUGAUGUUUUGUAACCACAUAUCCUACAUGUAUAUCAUCCAUUGAAUACUCAAAUUAUCAGUGACUAUGUACUAGUUAAGCUAAAAGUUGAAUUCUCUACAAUGUGAUGCUUAAUGUGCUUGCAAGUUGCAAAAAUAGGUAUAACAAUAAAUGUUGAUGUCUUUGUUGUUUUAAUACUAAGACUAAGAGUCUUAUAGACUCACAUAGCAAAAUAUUUCCAUCCAAUAUACAAUAUACAAUAUAGUCUUGCAAUGUAUUUUGUGAAAAUUAUUCAAUCAUGUAUGAUGUACAGGACUAGAGGUGUUUGUGCCAAGAAUUGCAGACUUUCUGCAAUGAUUAAACUUUCUGCUAUUUAUCCGA